UCAAACUGACAGCUAGUUGCAAAAUUCCAUGUAAAAAAUAAUAUUAAGUUUUUUAAAUGUGUACCGACAAUCGCUGCAAGACCAACUUUUUGGCUUACUUUGUUGGAGUGGAUGUCGGAACAGGUAGUGUGAGGGCAGCUUUAGUAACUGAUUUUGGAAAAAUUGUGAGCAGUCAUGUGGAAAACACAAAAACAUGGAAUAUACAGCCUGACUUUUACGAACAAUCAACCGAUAAUAUAUGGGAAGCGAUUUCCAAAUGUGUUAAGGAAGUGACAAAGACCAUAAAUCCAGCAAAGAUUAAAGGCAUCGGUUUUGACGCAACUUGUUCCUUAGCAUGCGUCGAUAAAAAUGGACAACCCUUAACAGUGAGCCCUUCAGGAAACAACGAACAAAAUGUCAUUUUAUGGCUUGAUCAUCGAGCUAUGAAGGAGACGGAGUUCAUAAACAACACGAAUCAUUCAGUCUUGAAGUAUGUAGGUGGGAAAAUUUUUCCCGAAAUGGAAACUCCAAAAUUGUUGUGGCUCAAAACUUACUUGAAAGACACGUGGAACAAAGCUGGAUAUUUUUUCGACUUGCCCGAUUUUUUAACUUGGAGAGCCACUGGUGUGGAUACUAGAUCGUCUUGUUCUCUAGUUUGUAAAUGGACCUACGAAAUGAACGUGGAAGGCGUGGAAGCAUGGAAUAAAAGUUACUUUGAUACAGUUGGUUUAGGAGACUUGGCGGAAAAUAGUUGGAAAAAAAUCGGAUCCGUUGUUCAGUAUCCUGGCGAAACUGUAGGAUUGGGCUUGUCGGAGAUUUCAGCCAAAGAGCUGGGCUUGCUUCCUGGUACUCCGGUAGGUACGUCAAUGAUAGACGCCCAUGCUGGAGGUUUAGGUUUAAUAGGUUGUAAAGUGGAAGGAAUAGAUCCGCAUUUUGAAACUCGAGUAGGUUUGAUAUGCGGGACGUCUACAUGCCACAUGGCCGUUUCCAAAGAGGCAAUAUUCGUCCCAGGUGUCUGGGGCCCGUAUAAGAGCGCCAUGAUUCCUGGAAUGUGGUUGAAUGAAGGUGGUCAAAGCGCAACGGGCAAAUUAGUCGAUCACGUGAUCGAUACACAUCCGGCAUCAUCAGAGAUUCGCAAAAAAAUUGGCAACAUGCACAUUGUUCAGUAUCUGAACGACUUACUUUAUAAGAUGACAGAGAGUCAAGGUCUUUCCAAUGUGGCUUUUUUAACGAAGGAUUUCCACGUUUAUCCAGAUUUUCACGGGAACAGAUUACUUGGCGAUCCCACAUUGAAAGGAAUAAUAUGUGGUUUGUCACUUGCUAGUGAUGAGGAAAAUUUAGCUAUACUUUAUUUAGCCACAGUACAAGCCCUUUGCUAUGGAACACGGCAAAUAAUUGAUCGAUUGAAAGAAUCAGGAUACAAAAACAUCAAAUCGACUUUGAUAUGUGGUGGAUUGAGUAAAAACCCCAUUUUUACUGCGGAACAAGCCAAUAUUUGCAAUCUUCCAGUAGUAUGUCCAGAUGAAAUUGAAAGCGUUUUACUUGGUUCUGCUAUUUUGGGAGCUGUAGCGGCCAAUCAUUUCGACACAUUGGAACACGCGAUCCAGUCAAUGGGUGGAAAUGGAAAAGCUGUUUUCCCCGAUCAAAACAUCAUCGAUUUCCACGACAGAAAAUACAGAGUGUUCUUAGAAAUGUAUAACGAUCAGAUAAAAUAUAGAAAACUGAUCGGCACGUUAUAGUAAAGGUAGACAAUAUAUUUUGUAUUUAGUGUAUACGAAUUUGUUUCUUUUAGUUUAAAGAUAAAAUAGAUUUUUUUGUGA